AACCCCCUGCAGGCCCCGGGGUGAAAUGACACAACUUCCGCACCAUCUUGGCCCCUUUGCCUCAUGGGAGUUGUAGUUUUCCCAUGUGUGUUUUUUUUCUAGAAGUGGCGGCAAGUUACCAGUCCAUAACAAUGGUCCGGGUCGCCUGAUAAGUUCCUUGUAUGAGUGAGAGGGGUAGAGCGAGCCUGCGCGGCGACCUCUCCGCGGUCUCUUUAAGGAACACUCGCACCCCCUUCCAAUUUAGAACCCCCUGAGCAGGGUAGCCUGGCUGCGGCCGAAGCCGGGGGUCAUUGCUUUGUUGGAAGCUGAGCGCGAGGGAAUCGGAGGGAGGGGAUUGCGGGAGAUCCGAGCAGGGGAUCGCUCCUCGCUCGGAGCCCUCUUUAUUCCCCUGCUUUAUUUUCGCGGAGACCCAGAGAGUAGGUCCCCAGCUGCCCCUCAAAUUAGUCAGAAUGUCUCAGGAGAAUGACCCGUGGAAAAAAGAGGUCCUGUGGGACGAGCUCGCUGCCAUAAGGCUGCAGAAGCUGGAACAGCAGGACUCCCGGCCCCCACACACCCCUUUCCCGCUCCCGCAGCGGCGGCUCUUUGAGAAGAAGCAGCGGCGGAAACGCCAAGAUUUCCUCAUGGUUAAGGCCAAUCCUGACGCCUCCCUGCGGUCCUGCCGGCCGCGCCUGAGGUCGGAGCGCCUCGCGGGGAACAGCGGCCUCCGGAACCCUUUCCUCCGGGAGAACGUGCCGGAAGCACAUCUGCACGCGGGUACCCACAGCGCCCAGGGCGUCAUGAGCUGUGACGGCGAUGGCCGCCCCGAGCCCAGCCCCUUGGCGUCCCCGACGGAAGCAGACGACUUCUACCCGGAGCUGGAGGAGGUCUUCGUGGACGAUGUGCCCGCCUUCCGCCCUCCCUUCAGAGAGCCCCCGAGGAUAAGACGCAUGGGGGGUUGGAUACCCCAACGACGACAUGAGUCCAGUGCAGAGGACGAGAACGAUUCCCAGGAUGGUGGAGAUGAAGUCGAGUCGCCUGGAAGGGAUGGUGAUGGGGGAAGUGGAGACUCUGGCUCCAACAGGGGAGAAGACCUGGAAGAGAAGAAGGCGGAACCGGAGUCUGCAGUGAGGACUGUCCCAGGGAUGGCUGACGAGAUGUCCGAGGCCCUGGACAGCGAGGGCGGCGGGGGCUUCUGCAAGGCGGGGAGCUCGUCCCCCUCGUCUCUCCUCGUCCCAGGCCCUGGGCUCGGCGAGGACAUGGAAGAAUUUGUGCUGCGGCCGGCGCCGCGCGGCUGCAAGUUGCAGUGUUGCAUCAGCCGCGACAAGCGCGGCGUAAACAAGGGCUUGUUCCCCUUCUACUACCUCUACUUGGAGUCGAUCAAUGGCCACAUCCAGAAGCACUUCCUUCUGGCUGGGCGAAAGAGAAAAAUGAGCACAACCUCUAACUAUCUCAUUUCCCUGGACCCCACAGACCUGUCUCGGGAAGGGAGCAGCUUUGUGGGCAAAGUUCGAUCAAAUGUCUUGGGCACCAAAUUUACCAUUUUCGACGGUGGGAUGAAUCCUGAAAAAAAGUAUUUCAUCCCGGACAAUGAUCGGAUCAGGGAGGAGCUGGGCGUUGUGUGUUACGAGACCAACGUCUUUGGAUUCCAAGGGCCCCGGAGAAUGUCUGUGAUCAUCCCAGGAAUAGAUGACCAGAACAAGAGAAUCAGAUUCCAGCCACAAAGUGAACGGGACUGCAUUAUGAAUCGGGUCCAACGGGGGGCCAACGAGGGGCUGAUCCUCCUGCAGAACAAAGUCCCAUCGUGGAGCUACAACGCUGGCGCCUACGUGCUCAAUUUCCACGGCCGAGUCACUCAGGCCUCCGUCAAGAACUUCCAGAUUGUGUAUCCCAAUGACCGUGAGCUCCUAGCAACUGGGCUGGGGCCCGGGGGUGGAGGGAACGGGGGACACCAACGGACAAGAACUACUCCUCCCAUCAACACUCAAGGUUUUCUCUCAGCAAGGCCCACUCCACGCUGUUGCAAAGCCUCUUGGGAAUUGUAGUUUAUACGGCACUCAUAGGGCUUCCUGGCAAAGUAAGGGCGAGGCUGCACAGCCCCUUAGUCUUCUGAGCUCUUAGGGGUCUGGGCAGGGAAAGUGUCUGACGGGGUUUCUAACUUCCUCCUCCUCAGCCCACUACUUGGUGCUUCAGUUCGGCCGCGUGGCCCCAGACCUGUUCACCAUGGACUUCUGCUUCCCGCUUUGCCCACUUCAAGCCUUUGCUAUCUGCUUGUCCAGUUUCGAUGGGAAACUGGCGUGUGAGUAACCCAAUAAAAUACAACCCUGUCCACA